UUCAGCACUACUGAAACCCUGUAGGAGAGAAUUCCGAACAUGGAAGAAGUCACUUUACCUAAAGAAAUUCCAGUUGGCACUUGGCCAACCAUGGAAAAUAACCACAAAGAAGGUUGCGGAGAAGAGCACGAGUCAGUGAAAUGCACAGCUGCCGUAGAGACUCUGAGCGACAACAACACACCUUUGGAGGCUUGUGAAUGUGCCUCACAAUGCACCGCUGUCCCGCAGUCAGGGGUGGAGGUGAUGUGUGACUCCUGCAUGGAGGAGCCCCGGCAAGCUUCCAAGUCCUGCCUCACCUGCAUGGUGUCCUACUGUGAGGAGCACCUCCGACCACAUCUGGAGAACAGCAAGUUCCAGAACCACCAGCUGGUGGAGCCGCAGCUGGACACAGAGCUGCGGGCAUGUGAGUGCCACCGCCUGGCCCUGCAGCUAUACUGCGCAACAGACGGCUGCUGCAUCUGCCCCAGCUGCGAGACAGAGGAACACGAGGGCCAUGCCGUGACUGAUGUAGCAGAGGCACGCAAAAACAUAGAGGGAGAGCUCCAAGACAAACAGAAGGGAAUGGUAAAGACUUUAACAGCAGCAGAGGAGGCCAUCAACAAGCUACAGAAGAACACUGCAUCCAUAGAUAGUUCAGUGGCUGGCGUGCAGGCAGUGAUUGAGCAGCAGUUCUCAUCACUGCGAGUGGCGGUUGAGGAUGCUUGUAGGAGCUCUCUGGACAUGCUGGACGGGGAACACAAGCAAGCGCUAAGUCAGGCUGAGAGCAUCAGGACUCAUCUGGAGCAGAAGUCUGGUGAACUAAAGAAGACCAUGACACAAGUGGAGCGAUUUGCCAAGAAGAAGAAUGAUGUAGACUUUUUACAGGAGUACGCGGAGUGGAGAAAGGUGUCGACAGAUGUCCAGUUGCCCAGUGUUUACAUCAGCCUCAUAGACCGGCUGGCCACAUUCAGCAAUUUCAUCAAAGAGUCGACACAGGCCACAUGCAAUGAGCUGAAGUCUACCUACAAUGUUCAGCUGAAGGAGCUCUGUAAAAGUGACAGACUGGGUAUUAAAACCAUGGUUCAUCCAAGCUCUCCGACCAAGCUACAAGCCUUCAGCCCUGAUCCUGUUACCAGGGACGACUUCCUCACCUAUGCUACCAAUCUAAGCUUCGAUCCUGAUUCUACACACAAGUUCCUCAGGCUCACUGAGGACAACCGAAAAGCUACUAACACAACGCCAUGGCAACAUAGCUACCCAUAUAUGGCUGAGCGUUUCGAGCACUGGCGCCAGGUCAUGACCUCUGAGAGCCUCUACUUGGGCCGCCAUUACUUCGAGGUGGAGCUGAGUGGUGAGGGGGCAUAUGUGGGCCUCACUUAUAAAAGCAUCAACCGCAAAGGACAAGAAAACAGCUGCUGUGUCACAGGGAAUGAUUUCUCAUGGUGCCUCGGUAGAGAAAGCCAUGGCUACUCUGCAUGGCAUUGCGACGUGGAAACCUCUGUGGAGGUGAAGGAGUUCACGAAGAUUGGCUGCUAUGUUGACUAUAAGAAAGGUCUGCUGGCCUUCUAUGGCAUAGCUGAGACCAUGAACCUUCUUCAUAAGUAUAGCGUUCGGUUUCUGGAGCCAUUGUACCCUGUGUUCUGGCUCUCCAAGAAGGACAAUAUGGUUGUUCUAGUUAAGCCAAGUGAUUAGUAAUUUCAGAUUUAGAAC